AUGGCAGAUCAGGAAGAGCCGGGUGAUCUUGACCAGCAGAGUUUAGGUGAUCAGGAUAAUCUCAGCUUCGAUGACAAACAGCGCCUGAAAAAUGUCCCUAUGCCCCCCAGUGGCUCUCUUCCCAAUCAACACCACCAUGGGCGAUCAAACCUGAUUAACCCUUCGACGGACACCAACUAUACCGACUUCACUCAAGGUAUGGCGCCCGAGGCUAACAUGGGCACGCUUCCCAGUCGGUACCGAGUGUCGCCACAAGCUUUGCUUAACCAUCCUGCAAACGCCAACCAGGGUGGCCUCUCUCAAGCCCUAGCUCCGGCGGCUUCCAUGAACGACUUUCCUCUACAGCAACAGGAUCAGAGCUACGGGGCCUCUCUCGGCAAUAUGCCUGACUUCAUUGAUGCUACUGGAAACUUACGGCUUCAGCCCGCGAUCAGUUCAUGCUCUCUUCCCCGUGUUAACCAACGAGCGACACUUUAUGCUGACCAUGCAAGCCAACCGCUUCAGAAUCGGAAUGGUCAAGAUAUUACAGCUGAGGCCAACCGUGCAGCCAACGUUCUGUGCUUGAUUGGAGCCCAUGGUCAACCCGGCGAUGACAUCAACAUGCUAGGAAUAUUCCCAACCCCCGAGAAGCUCCUCGAAGUCUUGAUCGAUGCUUGCUUGAUGGAAAACUUCCAACUGCUAGCUUCAAGCUCAUCACCACGACAGCUCGGCUGUCAAGCAAACUGCCAAGAGGAUAUGGAUGAGCGAUCUGUUCUCAAGCCGCGAGACUCCUUCGGAAUCAUCUUUAACAGAGCAUGUAAGCUUGGCUUCGAAGAAGUCGCGCAGGCGGGCGGCGUCUCGUUCAAAAUUGCCACUAUGUGUUCUGGCACAGACGGUCCGAUCUUGGCCCUCCGCGAAUUUGCUGAGGCAGCCACUGGACAUGGCUACGCGAAUGCCCUUCAUUAUGACCAUGUAUUCAGCGUUGAGAUCGAUCCGUUCAAGCAGGCUUUCAUUGGCAGAAAUGCUCCCCCUUCCGGCCCAAUCUUCAGAAACGUCAUCGACGUGGGUAGGCCCGGCGCAGUUCAAGCUAUGACGGCAUCCGGUGCUAUGGCAGACAUCCCUACGGGUGUCGACAUUCUCAUUGCCGGUAGCUCUUGCGUUGAUUUCUCAAGCCUCAACAUUCAACGAGAGAAGAAGAAGCGGACGUGCGGCCUGCAGAAGCUAUUCGAGCAAUUCGAAGAAAUGGGUAUCACUGACGUCCUCGGGCAAGAUGAUCCCAUUGCGGAGGAAGUCAUUGAGGGCCUCAAGGCACUUUUCGAGAAUAUCGAAGAAGAAAAGGGAGAGUCGACAAAGACAUUUUUGUCGAUUCUACUUUACGUCCUGCAGCAUCGCCCUAAGAUUCUCAUCUUGGAGAACGUUACCAAGGCCCCUUGGGACCAGUUCAAGGGAUUUUGGCUGCCCGCCAUCGGGUACAACGCCUCCGUGGUCCAAGUUGAUUCCAAAAACUUCCUUGUGCCCCAAACGAGACUGAGGAAAUACCUGGUUGCAGUUGACGGCAGAAGAUACGGCAACGGCGCCUCGGAUAUCGUCAACGGAUGGGCUAAGCUCAUGGACUCGUCACAGUGGUUCAAGAACCCACCCGACCUGCAAAGGUUCCUGCUGCCGCCUUCAGAUCCACGUGUCUUGCAGGCCAGGUUCCAGCUGGAGAGGGCGUUACUGUCCAAGCCCAAGAAGGAUGUUGAAGCCGUUGUGUGUCAGAACGACCAUAGACUUGCCCGGCGGAACGAGAGACUCGGCGACUCUCACCCUUACACUCGACUUGACGAUCGUGGCAACGUCCAGCCUCGCGAGGAGUCAUGGCGUGGCUACGUCUUCGUCAUAACGCCGCGGAUGCAGGACCUUCUCGACAUCACCUGCUUGCGGUCCUACAAGAAGGGCUUUGACUUUAUGUUUAAGGUCCUUGUCCUCGAUCUCGGGCAGAACGUGGACCGUCAAGGCGCCAAAUUGGGCGUAAUGCCCUGUGUCCUUCCGUCAUGUGAUCCGUAUCUCACAUAUCAUGGUCGCCCCGUCUUGGGCUUGGAAUGUCUUGCGAUCCAGGGUAUUCCAAUUGACCGCAUAUCCAUUUCAGUGGAGAAGGAGGCUCAACUGAAAGACCUGGCGGGCAACGCAAUGACAACUACAGUGGCAGGUGCGGCUAUCCUGUGCGCCGUCAUUUCCGAGAGAACCUUUGUUGUCAAGGCAGGCAACCAGCACGUCAACAUUAACGGUCUUUCCAGGGCUGACGCGAUUGGCCCCGUUGAAACCUCUGCUGUUCGUCCCGAAUUGGACCCCCCGACUAACGAAGCGAGCUACGCGCGCUUUCUUUCGGAUUCAUCUCCCAAUUUUGAGAUCUACAAGAACGACUGGGAAGACUAUUUCAACUACAUCGACCCGAACGUUCAGUCAUCUAGUUCUGCCCCCACCAUCACCGACGCAAACAUAUCGCCCACGUCGUACGCGAAGAUGAAGUGGCAGGACGCCCUCCUCGACAAAUUGCAGGGCGAGUUGGUCGUUGGCUUUCUUACUGACCUCUGUCGCAAGGGCCGUCGCAACUGCCUCUGCGAUGCCUUCCGAAAACAUCAACAUACCGGAACCUACUGGCGUUGCGAUGACUGCAAUGAGAUCCGCUGUGAAUCCUGCACAGGAAAUCCCGAGCACAACUUCGACAAGCUUCACUCCAUUGACGCCACCCGCUCAAUCGACAAGAGCGUGGCUUACCAGCUUGCCACGGUUGCGUUCCCGGCUCACCUAUUCGUCGAUGCGUUCGAUCCUGACGUUGGUGUACUCGAUGGUCUCAAUGAUCAGAUAUUCGACCAGCACCGUGCCGCUUUGCGACUGGCAAUCAAAGCCUGUUGCGGGUCAAAGCACUACUACCAGACAAGCCUCAAGUUCAGAGACGACAUCACUGUGACUUACGACUCAACCGAUUCCUACAUCACUCUUGUUGUCACUGAGAAGGAGCUUACGUGGAGCCUCCAUGUAAGACAAAGUUACUUCGACGUUGCCGAUCUUUCCCUCGAGCCGAACGAUUCGACCCAGAACGCAGCUCCCCUGCUCAACUCACUGAAGUACGAUGUCCGCAAGCCUCUAUUGAGAGCCGUCAUUUCGGACCCCAACGCCAGCAUCCUGCCCAUGAUGGACGACUAG